AUGGCCUCUGCCUUGAAUGCAAAUGAGCGCCGCCCUCAAGCGGAGCAGCAAAACCAGAAGCAGUUGCUGCUGCUGCUGCUACAGCAGCUGCAGCAAAUGCAGAAGCAGCGGCAGCAGCAGAUUAGUCCCUCAGGCAACCCUAUGCAGCCUUCCGACAUCCAUCAGCAGCAGCAGCAGCAGCAGCAGCAGCAGCUGCAGCAGCAGCAGCAACAGCAGUUGCUCCUGCAGCAGCAGCUCCCAGUUCAGCAGCCACUGCAGCAGCAGGACAACGGGAAGCAGGUGCUGCAGCUGCUGCAGCGUCUGCUGCCUUCCCUCGAGGUCCAAGCAGCAGCAGGCAGCAGCAAAAGGGGAGCAGCAGCAUCAGGGCCAGCGGUUGCUGCUGCUGCUGCUGUUCCUGCUCCCGAAGCUUCUCAGGCAGCAGCAGCAGCCACGACAACAGCAACAGCAGCAGCAGCAGCAGCAGACUCUGACUCUACUGCUGCAGCUCUUCGAUCAAAUGUGCAUAGGCUGGUGUACGUCCUCGUUGCAAGGCUUUGCCAGCAGCAGCAUGCAAAGUUCCUGUUACAGCGCAUGCAAAACGACCCCUCGCAGCAUCAGCAGCAGCAGCAGCAACAGCAGCAGCAGCAGCAGCAGCAAGAAGACCUGCAGCUGCUGCAGCAGCAGGGGCAGUGGAAGGCAGCGCAGGACGCAUGCACUCUCUCUGAGAAUGGAGUGAAGGGCGUGAGGCUUUCGGAGUUGAAAGAAUAUUUUUAUAAUUUUUUUGGCUGCGACCUCCAAGUGUCUAUGGAGCGGGCGGGUUAUAAGGAUAUCGCAGACCUUGUUGCUGCAGUCCCGGGGCUGUUCACUCUGGGUCAAGGCCCCCAAGCUCUCUGUCUCAUAACGCUGCCGCGGGGCCCCCAAGAGAAGAAGCAGCAGCAGCAGCAGCAACAGCUGCAGCAGCAGCGAAAGAAGCAGCAGCAGCGAAAGCAGCAGCAGCAGCUGCUUCUGCUGCUGUGCUUCUUCACCGCGGAAGAGCAGCUGCGCUGA